UGGACCCACCAUGACAACUUCCCUUGGGAACAGCUCCAGCUCCUCCACCACAUGGCUCCCAACUCCACACACACCUGUCAACUCCACAACCAGCCCUUCUUCCCCGACACCCUCCGACACACCAACCUCAACCCGCAACAAGCCACCGCCGCCGCCCUCCGCAUCCUCCAACACCUCUUCCACACCCUCAGCACCAACAGCACCUCCCAGCACUGGCACACCCAGUCACGCCACCGCCUCCUCAACCAGCUCCAGCACUACAUCCACCGCCUCGAGCACUGCCGUCCCGACAGCGCACGCCUCUUCAAAGGACCCCGCAACCCCCUCACCACCAUCAACAAGUACUUCAGCGACAUCCACCUCUUCCUCCGUGCCCACAACCACAGCGCCUGUGCCUGGGAACACGUCCGCCUCGAAGCUCAACCCUCUUUCCACCACCUCCACAACCUCACCCGCGCCAUGCGCCGACAGCCCAAACACACACACACAGCUCCACCCACCCCCACAACACCCCUCUGACACCC